AUGGGACUCCAGCUUCAGACCAUCCUGAAUGCUGAGGACUCGCCAUCACGCAGCUCUGUCCCCGACACUCCUUUGUGCGCGAGAUACUCCAACCCGCAGGCCAAUCAGCAGGGAAAUGCCCUGCCCUCGCUCAAUCACGGCUUCGACCACAACCGUGUCAGCUUCGAAAACACCUCCCACUUUGACUCGCGACGAAGCAGCGUCGACAGCCGGAUGAAUGUCGGAAUGGGCCAUCUGGCCAUCAGCCCCUCGUCGCCGUAUGAUAGCCAAAACGCGUCCCGAGUCUCUUUAGUAUCGAAUCUUCAACAGCAGCGCGGCAUUACCAAUGAGCCACGCCCCAACGCAGUGUCUCCGCUAUCGCCGCUUGGCCCACGGCCUGGAGCUCGGCCUAAUCAGCCUCCUCGACGAGCUCCAGUCAUCAAUCCGAACCCCCGAAGCGUUUCAGGAAUGCCGGAUCCUAUGGCUGCCGCACCGACGAAAGGUUACGCGUGGGCUUUUCCUGCAGAAUUAGAUCCUGAAGAUAGGCGAGGUUCCAGCAGUGGAGAUUCGAGCGGCGAUAUCCACAAACUGUCGCGCCAGAACAGCUUCGCUACGUCUGUCAAUAGCAGCGUCUUCACUGCCGAAUCCAACCUACCGCCUGGGCAGAAGAGGUUCGACGACGGCACUCGCCCCGAGUAUCACAUCGACGGAUUCGGUCCUGGAGGAGAUAUUGCUACGACGCAUCACCACUCCAUGCAACACCGUAACGUCACGAAUUUGCAGAGCGGUGAAAGUCCUUCGACGCCUGGAAGCGGCAACUACAGCCGUACCCCAGAGCUCCGUGUCAGUCACAAAAUGGCCGAGCGGAAGCGCCGAAGCGAGAUGAAAGGGCUCUUCGAUGAAUUGAAUGGCAUCCUGCCCAACUCGCCUGGCAGCAAGUCAAGCAAAUGGGAGAUCCUCACCAAAUCGAUCGAGUACAUCAAGACUCUGGCGAAGGCCCAUGAGGCUACUCGCGCUGAAAACGCGCGUCUGCGCCCAGACGCCGAGUACUGCAGAAGGGCGCAGGAAGAGUGCGAGCACCUGCGCAACGAGCUACAUGCCGUGUGGCAGCAUAUGCGGCGCGUCGAUCCCAACAACCCGCACGUGUACGGCAGCAUGACCAACAUGCUGGCUCAACAGCAUGGACAGACUCCGGCCAGCACGACUAUCCUACCACCACUUCAACAACCACCCCAAUGGGGCCCCUCUCCUCCUUCGGCCGCGAUGCAAGGCGUCGAAUUCGCCGGCGCACGACCCUACGAACAUCGCUAG